AUGGUGAGGAUGGAGGACGGGGGGCUCAGAGACCGGGGGCCUGGCCCGGAGAGCCAGCAGAUCCUGGUGGAGCUCGGGGAGCAAAACUUUGAUGGCAUUGUACUGUCGACAUAUCGAACUGCUUGCAAACUGAGAUUUCUGCAGAAGAGAUGCAACUUGCACCUGAUUGACAUUUACCAUGUGAUCGAGGCCGUGCGUGAUGCAGGCCUGAACACGGUCCAGGUGCAUGCUGGGAUAUCGGUCACUCGUCUGGAGAACCUGGUGUCUUCUCUGUUCAACCAGCUGAGUAAAAGACUUCCCACCACUCACACCAUCAACCCCAGAGAGAGCACGCUGCUCCUGGUGCAGCUCAUCCUGGCCUCUGUGGACAGUGACCCUGAAGGUCGCCUCACGGUGCUCUCAGUGAAGGCUCUGCUCUCGGUGCUCUGUGGAGGGAGACUCAUCGAUAAACUCCGCUAUGUGUUUUCUCAGGUCUCUGACUCUCACGGAGUCUUGGUUUUGCCAAAGUUUGAUAUUUUCCUGCGGGAGGUUCUGAAGCUGCCGACUGCGGUCCACGAAGGGCCCUCGUUCGGAUACAGCCUCAGUCUGUGUCGCUCCUGUUUCCCACAGCAGAAGAGGGUGAUGCUGAACAUGUUCCUGGACAUCGUCUCUGAUCCUCCUCAGUGUCUGCUGUGGCUGCCCCUGAUGCACCGCAUGGCCGACGUGGAGCCUGUGUACCACCCGGUCUCGUGCUCCUACUGCCGCAGUAACGGGAUGACGGGUUUCCGGUACUGCUGCCUCCGUUGCCGCGGUUACCAGCUGUGCCAGAACUGCUUCUGGAGAGGGAACACCAGCGGCUCCCACAGCCGUCAGCACCAGAUGAAAGAGCACUCCUCCUGGAAAUCUUCAGCUUCGAAGUUUGGCCGAGCGCUCGGUAAAACCCUGGGCUGCGUGUCCUCCCGAGAGCCGCCUCACCCGGAGUACCCGGAGGAACCCGAGCGGACCCUCAACCUCUCCAACAUCGUACCGACUCGACCAAUCGGGAGCGAGGGUGAAGAACUGAUGCUGUCCCCGGUGCUGCCGGAGUCAUCAAAAAGUUUGUCUGCAGCUCAGAGAAUGAACGUGGAACACGCACUUAUCGCUGCUUAUGUGAACAGGCUCCAGGGCAGCCCAACUGUGGGCAGCGCAGGCCGACAGGACCAGGAGCCCACGCGCUGA